AUGAGUGAAGAACUGGGCUCUUCACCCUUUGUAGAGCGACCAAUGUCGCCAGAAAGUGCCAAAACGCAAACGAUCGCGCUAAAAUUCAAGAUGAACUCGAUGCAGAAUCAGUUCGAAAUCGAUAGACUUUCUCUGGAGAGACAAGUCUCGGUCCUAGAUAAGAAGUACAGAGCCACGCUGGACGACCUCGAAAAGGCCGUGGAAGACACAAAGUAUUUGUACUCGACAAAUGGCGAAUUGGAGACUCGACUGCGAGCCCUGGAACAAGAACUAGCGACGGUGAAAAACGAGAGCUCCACGGAGAACGACCAUUUGAUGAGACAAUUGGAUGAACGGGAAUCCGAACUUGAAGAGCUGGAUUCGUCGUCGCGGUCGAAAAUCUCUUUUUUGGAAAAUAAGUUCACCAAUCUUCAAAUCGAAGCCGAUGGAUCCAAGACUCUGUUAAAGAGGUACGAAGAGGAAGUUGAAUUACAGAAUCAGCAAAUCAGAGAGCUGCAGCUCGAAGCUGCGCAGCGAGACGAUUUGAUAGCAAACCUAAAGGCGUCACGGGUCGUUAUGGCUCACCACAACUUCUCCACAGAAGAGCUAACAGAACUGACAACCCUUAGCAACUUAUUAAAGGAACAAAUGUCGUUUUCGAAAAACUUGGAACGGGCGAAUUUAGAGCAAGCCAACGAACUGAAAAAGCUGCGCUUUUCUCAAGAAUCACGUAAAUUUCUACAGGCUGAGAACGAAGACCUUAGGAGGAAAACAGAAAGAUUGGCGACUCUGGAAAGUCGAGUUCAGGACCUGGAGCUCGAAAAUGUCGAACUACAAUCGCAACUCUGCUUUUGGGAAGACGUCGAAAUACCCGAUGGGAAUCGUAAAAAAACGCCGGAUGAAGUGGUACGAGAAUGGGCCCUUUUCAAAACUGAAAAUUUGAAACUCAUAAGCGAAAACUCCAAAUUUCAGCUUGACUUGACCAAUCUUCAUUUGCUGAAUGAUGAAAUGGCCUUAGAACGCAACCAGAUCCUGGAUUUGAAUAAAAAUUAUGAGACUAGUAUCCUGAAUCUGAAGAGGCUUAAUUACGAAAUCGAGCAACAGAAACUUCUCUCUUUCGAAGAGUGCAAGAUCUUGCGCAAGCAGCUGGAUGAAAUCAUGCCUUUAGCCAAGGUAGAUGGAGCCGAGGAACCGGCGAGUCAGCAAACACUGGACAAUCUGGUGCAGCAAUACAAAGAAAAGACUGAAGAUCUAACCAACGAGCUAAAGAAACUGAACAAAGAGCUUAUAGACAAAAGCUAUCCUCUUUCUACUAAUAAAAAACGCAAAACUAGUGAUGAUGUGGCCCUAAAUUACUCACAGCGAUUGAAUGAACUGCAACUUCAAAACCUAGAAUUGAAUCGCAAGCUUUCAAGCUCAACUGAGACGAUCGCAAUGUUAGAGACCAAAAUUGAGAAAUUGAAUAACCUAGACCAAAAAAAGGUGCGUAUCUUACAGCUGCGAGACAACCCUUUUUUCCGCGACCAACUUGUCAAGCGUGAAAGGCUUGAUUUACUCCUCAAAGAAAACGAGGAUCUUAUAACGACAAAGAACCUUUCAAAUGAGAGUUCUGUUCCAAAGUCAAUUUACGAGAGACUCAAAUUUGAUAUGUCUCAAUUAGAGGACGAGGUCUUCAAGCUCAACAAGAAAAUCACUAGGCUUCGCGAGGUGUUCAACAAAAAGUCUAUGGAAUUCAUAGAGACAGUAAAUUCGCUGUUGGGUUUCAAACUGGAGUUCAAAUCCGACGGGAAGGUGAAAAUGAUACCAUGUUACAAACCCGACAAAUUUCUGCUUGCGGACUUAGUCAAUGAUUCAAUGAAAUCAAAUUUGCAACAGGAUAUAACAGGCUGGGAUGAGCUGUUGCAAGACAUGGUUUUUGAAAAGGGUCAAAUGCCGGUUUUUCUUGCAACUUUGACUAUCAGAUUAUGGGAACAGAGCAAAGAAAAGGUCACAUCUGCAUGA